AUGACCAAAGCACCAGCAGUCGUGAUAGUAGUCAGACAUGGUGCUCGACUAGACGCCGCCGACAAGUCAUGGCAUCUAUCAUCACCCACUCCAUAUGAUCCACCACUCACGUACGGUGGUUGGAUCCAGUCGAGAGCACUCGGUUUGCGUAUUGCCAGUCUCCUACACGAACGAGAAAGGUCAGACNCCUCGUCGGGCACCUCGUCGCCUGCUGGACCGCCCACAGAUGCCGGCCUGGGCAUUAACGACUCUCUCCUCUCCGAAGCAAACAUCCACGCGAGAUCGACGUCGACAUCGCGGACGAAACGCAGAAAACACAAGGUCGUGAUACACUCGUCGCCGUUCCAGCGUUGCGUGCAGACGGGUAUCGGCAUCAGCGCUGGCUUGUCGCAGUACCAAGGCCUGCCAGCGACUGCCAGAAAGAGCAGCGAUGCGCGACUCAAAACACUCAGCCAGCUCCGUGGCUCUCCCAGUCUGCGGCCCAGAGAUGCUUCUGCUUCUCCCCAAUUACGCCCCGUGCCCGAGCACCAUGAAGAGUCGCGCGAGUAUCCACGCAGUUCGCCGAGGGAGCAGAAGGACCACAUACCGCAGAGUCGUACCACCCUCCGAGUCGAUGCCUUUUUGGGCGAAUGGCUAUCACCCGACUAUUUCGAAAUGAUUACGCCGCCGCCCGAGAGCACCUUGAUGGUCACAGGUGCGAAGGCUGAGCUUCUUCGUCCAGCAGACAAGAUCGAGACCUAUACACCUUCCUCCCCAGUCGUCUCAGNNGGGGGCAAUCUUUGGGGAACGCCUCCACCUGCCCGUCAGCAUUCGCACUCGAUCAGCAACGUCCCAUCCCCUCUGUCACAUGAAACCAAUGGUCCGUUGGAGAAUUGGCGCGUCUUCUCGCGCGACGUCCCUACAAGAGACCGCGGAAACAGUCUUGGUGCCACCAAGGCUCCCGAACAGUUCAGACCUGCCGAUUCAUCUUCUGCGCCCUACAAGCACGAAAACUCGCCUGGUUACACUCCUCCUACCCCAACCUAUGCCAUUUCUCCUGGCGAUCCUAUUCCUCGCGGCUAUGUUGCUCACGCCCGCGAUCAAUGUGUCAAGGUCGAUUACAAGUGGGACAGUAUGCGCGAGCCGCAAUCUUGGGGUGAUGGUGGUCGUUUCGGUGAAGAAUGGAGUCAGAUGCACAAGCGAUUCCGCCAUGGCUUGUCCAGUAUGGUUGACUGGUAUGACACGACCCAGUCGGAGGCGAAACAGCCCGCCCACGAUAGCAGUGAAGCUGUUGUUGAUGACGAUGACGAAGAUCUCGUUGUGGUCCUGAUCACGCACGGAGCCGGCUGCAAUGCUUUGAUUGGCGCCCUCACCAAUCAACCUGUACUACUUGAUGUCGGCAUGGCCUCGCUCACUAUGGCUGUACGCAAAGAUGACGCAUCUGCUUCACCGUCUACCAGCGGGCACAUGUCACCUGUUGGUUCGCCAGCUUCAGGCCACUCGCCAGCUCUUGGCCCUGCUGAUGCUGCACCCCGUCCGUUACCGCGUCGGCAGAGUUCUGUGGAUUCAGGUCUAUCUUCUCACUACGAGAUGAAGAUCGUUGCGUCAUCUGAACACCUUCGUCCUGGUGUUGAUCCUACCAAGGCAUCUGCACCCCCAGUGGCUUCUCCCAAGUUGUCUGCUUCACAGACCGUGCCUCAAUCACGUAGCCGACGUUUUGGAUCUGCCAGUUCACAUGCUUCAGCAGGCGCUCCUGUCGAUUCAAACUGGAGUCUGCCUGAGCCGAGAGCCAGAAUCAACAGUUCGCUUGGUAGCAUGCGCCGUCCAUCCCGCCCAGUAAUUACACCUGUGGUAACCAGUCCUGCUGUUCCAUCAGCAGUGAAGAACGACUCUCCGACCGGCCUGUGGAAUCCCACAAGUGCCAAAGACAGCGACUCACCUAACUUCCUUAAUACACUAGCUCGGUCAAACUCGUUGGCAGCACGUCUGUCUACACCCAAGGCGCCGACUCCAGAACGCUCAGUUUCACCGAGAGCCGACUCCAGAUCUUCGCCAGCGGAAACAGAAGAGAUUGCCAUCAAAGAAGAGGCAAAGUCGAGUGUUUCUGCGCUCCCUACGGUCGACGAUACUCCACCACCAAAGUUGGCGCGAUCUCUCAGCCAGAAAGGUCUCUGGGGUAGCGCUCCAAAUGGCGCUUUCCCUCGUGAAGCAGGAGUUCCAAAAAGACGUUGGACUGUGGUGCAAGAUAGUUAACGAUGGAAUGCUUGUAUGUUUCACGAACUCUUGCGUUGCGUCUUUAGU